CACACACACACACACAUACGGAAACACAGCGUGUAGGAAGAGGCGGCUGCGGAGCUGAGAGGCUCCUGGGACUGACUGCCUGCAGAUCCUGUCUGACAUGACGGGCAACUAGAGAAGCGAGGACCAUUUCACCGCCUCGGAGGACAAACUACAGCACAGCCGCUUUGUUUGGAUUAUUACCGACAUAAUUACAGAAAACAGAUUAAAUAUCCCUCUGAUAAGGACUCAGAGAGUGUGUGUGGUGAGUUCGUGUGACUUUACAGCUUUAAUACAUUUACUGGAGGUGUGAAGAGUCGCAGCAGCCCUGCAGGUUCCUGUUUGUGCUGUAUUUACAUGGAGUUUUGACCUGGUGCUAGAUUAUUGAUCUGCUGCCCUGUGGAGUCUUCCUCCUCCUCAUCUUCCUCCUUCUGUGCAGUAAUGUUUCUGAGAUAGUUUUGUCUGAUUAGUGUCAUUCCACACCACAGCCCACAGGAGGAUUGUUCCGCUGUAAUACGCAGGUUAAUCCCUGAGCUGCUGCUGACUGCACAGGCACCAUGAUCAACUCGGAGGGCCUGCGGCCGGCCACGUCCGGCAGGAAGCCCCUGGGCAAGCUCGCCUCCCGGCUGGAGGAGGUGAAGAACCCGUGGCGACAGGUCUCCACGCUGGAGCUGAGCCACAACGAGGCGGCCCGGCUGGCGACGGACGCGCUGCUGGAGCACGGGGAGAAGGAGUACCGCAGGGUCCUGAACGAGGAGCGGGAGCUCAACUUUCUGUCCCCGCUGGAGAUCCGCUACAUCACCCAGCAUGCGGCCAAAACAUGCGGCUCCGAGAGCAACGGCAUCGGCCCCAACGACCGGGACUUCGGGGACGGAGACGCCGUGUCCGAGCUCACCUCCGGGACUUACUUCCCCAUGAUGUCCGACGAGGAGCCGCCGAUGCUGGAGCUCGGCUGGCCGGACACCCCGUCCAGGUACGGACCGUCGGAGACGCAGAUCUACUUCCAGAGGGACAAGUCUCAUAAUGUCAAAGACCUCAUCAGGUCCCUCAUCAACAAAGCCAAAAAGGUGAUCGCGCUGGUGAUGGACGUGUUUACAGACGUGGACCUGCUGUGUGAUCUCAUGGAGGCGUCCAACAAGCGCAGAGUCCCCGUCUACAUCCUGCUGGACGAGAAAAACCUCGACUACUUCACAGACAUGUGUGCUGCACUCGACAUUCAGAAUUCACACAUGAGUAACAUGCGAGUCCGCAGCAUGUGUGGGGACACGUACUGCACCAAGAGCGGCAAGAAAUUCACCGGCCAGGUCCUGGAGAAGUUUAUGAUCAUUGACUGUGAAGAGGUCAUCGCCGGGUCAUACAGUUUCACCUGGCUGUCGGCUCAGGUGCACAGCAACAUGGUGAUGCAUUUCUCAGGUCGCAUCACCGACAGCUUCGACCGGGAGUUCCGCUGUCUGUACGCCGACUCACAGAUCAUCGAAUGCUUCUACAACCCAGAGGAGGAGGGGAUGCCCUACUACCCGUCAUAUCAAGCCAUGAUGGGUCCCGGCAUGGGCAUGGUGCCUGGGCCGGUCAUGGGGCUGGAUUUACUCUCUGACAGCAGGCAGAGGGAAAGGGUGUGCUCUGAAAACUCCAGCAGCCAAUCAAGUAACAGCGUGUCCAGUGUGAAGGCUGCUCCCGGGAUGACCGCUAACACGGUCUACAAGGUCACUCAGGGUCACGACAAGAAGGAGCCCAGCAACAACCCUCACCUCAGCCCUGAGAGGAGAGGUGGAAGUGCAGACCGAGGCGGAGGACAAACCCCGACUCCUCAGACUCACGUCACACCGGGUGCACGGGUGUCUGCUAACGGAGGAACCAAUCACACCUCAGCUAUGGACCGACCACCGCCGCCUUACGGUCACCAAAAAGGCAUCGAGUGGAACAAGCCCAGUCAGACAGAUGUCAUGCGGUCAAAUAUUGGCGGCACCUCCUCCAAGUUCCAGGCUUUGGGGCUGUACGACCACAAACCAGGCAUGUUCCACGGCGCCGGGCUCGUCCCCGGCACCCCGAACUCAAACCUUAACCCCAAGACCCAGACACCCACCCCGAUCAAUGACAGCAAACUCACCCCCAAGCAGAGGACUUCUUCCAACCAGUUCCUCAACAAACUCUCAGACCUCUUCCUGCCCCCCUCCAACAAAGAGACCUACAACUUCCGGAGGUCGCCCUCCCCUCACGGCACCUCGGCCUGGGGGGGACCGGACCUCUCUCAAAGUGAGCCGGAGAGUCAGCAGAGCCCACCGCCCCCACCCUCGCCGGGCGUGUUGAUGAGUCGGCAGGACCAGAAACGAAUGACGCUGGGCCACAGCAAGCUGGACCUGGUGAACCAAUACAACAAGAUGAAAUCCAAGCAGGUGUACAGCCGCUUUGAGCUCAAGACCACCAACUAAACUGAGUUCAGACUGAUGUCAUUAUUUAACUCUCUUUCAAAACCUUCAUUCCUCCUGUGUCUCCUAUUACAUACUCACAGCUAGGGAUGUCAACGGUUAACUGUUAAUUCGUUAACCACAACAAUAUUUGUGACCGGCUAUUCAUGUCCAACUCGUUCUCAUUCUGAAGUCAUCAAAUAACACUGCUUUGUCAGUGAUUUCAGCGACAGACACCGACGCCAAAAGCCACCUUUUGCGGUGUCAUGAUAUGCUGCCGGUCGGCCGGACGGCACCUGUUGCAGUGGUAUGAUGCCGCUGGACGGCAUCACUUUGAAACGCUGCCGGUGACAUAAUGUAAGGAGCAGGAGAGGCCCUAUAGGGCAGGUGGCAGGGGUGCUGGAUGGGUCCAACAUACCCCAGACUUUAAUUUUACUCCCCAGGAGUUUGGUGUUCUCUUCCCGUAUGAAUGCAGAGCCAAAACAUGAACCUAACCAUUUGCUUUUGUUGGCAGUCCAGGACGCCGCAACCAACGCCUGAACGUCAGCAGCAGAUGCAGGAGGAUACCUCAUUCUUAAUCUGUAGACAUGAAAAGCGACGCUAUAUGAUGGUCUGUAGGUUAAUUUUGCUACUCUUCAGUUUGCUGCACUGCGCACCAACCAGAUCUAAUGGGAGAUAGUGAGGCUGCCAGUUGUGUUCAUAUGCAGAAACAUCGUGCAGACUGUCUCCAGAUAGUUAGCCUUGGCUGCUCUGCACUGUGAACCAAUUGGGUUUGGUUGGGAGCUAGCUAGCAGUACCAGCCAUUUGGCGAUUACCUUGUGUAUGCUGUCCCAAUCCAGCAGCACUGCUGUGGAGACAUUGCGCUCACUCUCCGGUCUCCCCCCAGGUCGAAGAAGUUUUGGGGCUCAAAAUGAAGCCACUUACUUACUGGUGUGACCAAAGAGGAGACCAGAGAGUGGGCACAAUAUUUCCGCAGCAACAUCUUCCCACCAUCAGGACGGCUUUACCAGAGGUUAUCCCCACUAGCUAGCAUCCAUGCAGCCCUGCUGGUUUGCAGUGCAGAGCAGCCAAAAUAAUGUGAGCUAACCAGUGAAGGGUGGGCACUGGGCACUAUGGUUUAGCAUGUUACCACAGCCGGUGGCCUUUCUGUCAGCAAAGCCAACAGAAAAUGUAAUAAAAGGCAAAACAGUUACAUCAUAAAACAUUAAAAUUUUACCACCUCUAAAUGGAUAGCGAUUUGAAAUGUGAUGCUAAAGCUCACUGAGUCAAUGGAGCACCGGAGUAAAAUGAAGAGCCUCUUGUAUUUCAUGUCAGUUAGUGUUUUUUUUUCUUGGUAAUUACAGGUUAUUUGCAGGUUAAUGGGUGUCAGGCUAUAGAAAGCAAAAUUAACCAAAACUGACAUUCCUACUUACAGCCCGUGAAGACAAGUCUCCAUGGACUCUGGUCGUUUUUAUAAAGUGGCCGGUCCUUCGUCUUCUUCCUCUGUACAGUGAUUCCUGGUGGACAUGGAGCCGUUACAGCCAUGUUGGCUCACAGGCUCCUUCUCUGAGAUUCUUGAAACCAUAUUGCCUCUUUUAUCUUGUGAGGAGCCUUUACAGCUGCAGAGGGGAUGUGACUCUUUGUGGGGUCGUAGUUUACACACAUGAAAAAAUCAAAUAUUGAAAAUGUUCUGUGAAAAUCACCCAUCAGCCCAUUUUCAACCACCUGAGGCACUGUGUUUAUGAAAUAAGGUUCUUUCUAAAAGACAAAAGUUUUAAAAAAGAUGGCAGCUGACCUGUGCGCUGAAGCCACUGCCACGCCCCCAUUUCUCUAUAUAAGGAUAUACGCUUGUCUAGAAGGUUAACGUGGAGGAAGUUAUCUCUACGCACAUCUAAAGGCAAUGACACACCAGUGAAGGGCCGUCAGUGAGCGUCUGUGAAUGUAAUGACAGUCAGAAACAGCCGAUCAGCCAUCAGUCACUCUUUUCAAAACAUGUUCAAACAUGUCGAUCUCUGAUUGGCUCUCUCUGACUGAAAUAUCCUCCAAGUAAAUUAGAUAUACCAUUGUAACACCUGCUCAGAGGUACAUCAGAAUCUUAUACCCUGCAUGCCUGCUAAUAGGCGACUAAAUAAUUAGCUGGCUACAAAUGAACAUAUGUACAAUUUCUACGAAAUAAAAACUGGGACACUCCAUUUUCAUAGGUUAAGUUUUUGAUUGUUAAUUGAUGAGGAUGAAAGGGUGUCAGUUUCAUGGUUAUUUAAGACAUUUGGACAAUGUGUUUGGAAAUUAACAGUUUUAAAUAUUUUCUGUUAAAGCCUUGUCAGUCAAUUACAGUUUUAAUAUGUUAUGCAUUUAGUUAAAUGGUGUGUGUUUACAUUCAACCUGUGGUCUCAUUUAUAAAACAGUGUGUAGGAUCCAUACUAAAAAUGUACGUAUGGACAGCCAAAAAUGGCGUGCGCCAAAAAAUAUUUAAUUUCCACAAUCAGGCUUCAGCGUCACCGUCUGUGUCGCCAGUUUCCCAUCUUUAAAAUGUUCAUCACUAUGGGUCUGUUUUUAUAGUUCACAAUUUUUGUGUGUGAUGUGGCGUACGCCUCUUUCAGGCCUCGUUUUGUGAAUAUGUAAUAUUUAUAAAUGAAACCCCAGGCCUUUAUCAUUUGUACGCGUGGUCUGAGGCAGGACUAAAUUUGAUGAAUCCCAGAUUUCUACUAAAAACUUCAUGCGCACAUUUUGGGCACAGAUUUGUGCGUUCACACUGUUUGUGACUGAGGCCCAGGAUUCCCACAAAACUGUUUACAUGACCAAUGAAAAUAAAUAUUCCACUAAUAUUCCAGUUUAUUUUGCUUCUUUGCUUCAAAGUAGGAUUUUUUUCCAAGUUUCUUGUUGAACGGAUCGAACACAGCCUCCGUCUUUCAUUCCUUGAAUAUCUUCUUGAAAAGGUCAGUGUUGCGAUGUUUGUGCGUAUCCAAAAACCUGCUGAUACCCAAGUCUUUUAUGAAGUUUAAAAGUAGGUGUUUUUCAACUUCACACCAGAAAUGUGGGCUUCUCAUUCAGGCGCACAUCUCUACCCAACAGCCUCGCUAAGUGUUGGCUAGCUGGUUUUUCUACAACGUAUCCAUGACAACAGACGACGGUGUAUGUUACAAACCUCAGCUGAGACGCAUCUUCUUAAUAUGCUGAAUGCCUGAAAAAUACCGGCAUAUUCACCAUCUUUAUCCGAACAUGCUUUAUUUGGAAAAAGGGCUAAUUUGGAAUUUCUGAAGAGAAUAUGUUUCUUACAUGACCUGUAUCACAUUCAGAGUUAUAUUCGGAAUAAUAGUGGAAUACUAGUAAACGCAGCCGGGGUCUCUUAUCUUAGCAAAAAUGAAUUUUAAAAUUUUAAUGUCCAGAUCAGCUUUGAUUGUCAGAUUUUUACUGUUUUUAUAUAAUUUGAUACAAACUAAAUCACUGAACUUAACAGACCUAUAUUUGGGACAGGCCUUUAAUUCCUUUUACACAAAAUUAUUGCUCAGCAAAGAUGGGAAAUACACGUCACCCGAGGAUAACAGCACCCGGCAUACUGACACAACACUGCUUUAUCCUGUUAAAACAACACUCAUAACUUGGAUUCAUUUUUAUGAAAAACACUUUUGAUUCCUUUGGUUGGUGGACCCUUACAGACUUAACAAAUAUGAAUAACUUACCAGGUAAUCAAGAAACAGACACAUAUUGUGACUUUGUGACAGCUACAGAGGAGCGAGGAGUCACUGAUUGUUUUGUCCGGUCAUCUGGUGCUCAUGGUUUUAGUAAAAUGAAAUCAACCAAGCCAACGAUGUGUAGCAUCUCAUUAUUGACAAAAGUUGAAACAUUUAUAUUUCUAUGUGCGAUCUAAGCAGGUGACUAACAUUAACUCAAGUGGGUCGUCAACAAUCUGGUUUUAUACAUCCAAAGAACUUCUGUAAAAAUGAACUGUUUGGCAGCCACACCAGGCCUCUCAUUCAGACAGGUCUUUAUUUGUCAAAAUGUGUAGCCACACCAGGCUAGUAACAGGGUAAUGGGCAUUAAAUUGUUAAAAGUUUAACAGUAGUUUGUGUAAAGACGCAGUGAUUUAAAGCAGCUGUGAUUGUAAAGCAAAACUCUUCACCCUUUGUAUUAUUCUUUCUUUUGAUUGUAACACUUUUUCCUUAGUUUCGAUUUUUCCUGUAACACUCCUGUGUAGCUGCAGUCGGUAAUCACAAUUGGUGGACGUACAUUAACGAUGCAAACAUGCACAUGGUUACACUGCAGCCCGGCCGCUGUUUUAAUUCAAAAAAAGUUGUCCCCAUCGGUCACUUGGACGCAAAUCAUGGCCAGAUCGAAUAGUUUUGAGUGUAUUUGAUGUGCUGAUAGACAUGGUAGUGAAUGCUUUGUUUUCUUCCCUCGGCGUAAAAGGAUGACUUUUUGUGGGCUUUCCCAAAAGUACCGACUGUAUUAUAGCGUAUGAGUCGUGCCUUAUCAUCCUGCCUUAAGGUUUACAAUCACAUGACAGAAAUAUCUCCAGUGACUUCAGAUAAGUGUUAAUAAAGGUACACACUCGUUCCACUGUCACCACAGGGAACAAAACUUGUUGUAAGCAGAAGCAGCGCGACAACAUUGCUGGUGCUGUGUUUAUUUACAAUUCUGGGGAAAUUAGGUGUAAAAAAUAGAAACUGAAGGGCUCUAAAACGUUUUGAGGCGAAGCAGGUGGAACAACCACAGAUGAGAUUAACAACAAGCUGUUUGUGAUGCGUGUUGAAAGAACUGGCAUUUAAAUGUUACAGUGCUGUCCGGCCCUCACGAUGAGCUCCUUGUAUUGUACUUUUUUUUUUUUUACAAUAAACAGCAUUUUUCACACAUGUAGAUUUGUAUAUAGACUGUUCAUUAAAACAAAUUAGAGACAGUUGAUACUAAUUGUAUUAUUUGCUUUAUGUUUUAGUUAUUUUUACGAUGCGUUGUUUUGAUGUACAGUAGUUUUUCAUCACAGCACUACAGGGCUAAAUCGUUUCUCCUCAGCGUGGAGCAGUAGCCAUGGAAAACUGAUUUUUACUGCUGUUACCGAAGCAAUAACGAUUGACAGUGAUCUAUAAUUUUAAUAUGUGACUUUUUUUUGUUUACUGCUCAUUUCAGUUGGUUUUGAUUUUUUUUUUGUCUUUUUUGUCUUUUUUGUCUUACAACAACGAGCCGGACAAUUUGUAGGCAUCGUUUCAUCUCAUGUUUGUCAGACUAAUGUACAUUACAUUGUAUAUAAUACACGAACGGACCGUCAGGAAUUUGGGUUAUUGUUAAAGGAACACUUCUUAAAGAGAUUUGUUUCUGUUAUUAUAUUUUUACAGUAUGUUAUUUACUGGAGAAUGUGAACUUUCUGUGUUUAAAACUUGGUUGUAAUUUGUAAGUAAACACGAGGAUUUAAUAAAACAAAGUUGAAGUUAA